AUGGCUUCUCGGAAAGUUGUUCUUAGUGUUUUCUUUGUCUUCUUUUGCAUUGGCAUUUGCUCAGCCACCAGAUCACUUUUCAGUUAUGAGAGUAUCGGUGGUGGUGGAGGAGGAGGUAGUGGUAGUGGUGGAGGUGGAGGUGGACAUGUAGGGCUUGGAUAUGGUUCGUAUGGUGGUGGUGGUCAGGGUUCCGGGAGUGGUAGUGGUAGUGGGUAUGGAGGAGGAGGUGAACAUGGCGGAGGAUAUGGUGGUGGUGGUGGUGGGGGCCAAGGUGGUGGAGGUGGAUAUGCUGGUGGUGGUGGGUAUGAACAUGUUCCUAGUUAUGGAGGAGGAGGUGGUGGUGGUACGGGAAGUGGUUCAGGGUAUGGUGGGUAUGGAGAACAUGGCAGUGGGUAUGGAGGUGGAGGUGGUGGAGGGAGUGGCGGUGGUAGUGGUGGGUACUAUGGGGCUGGUGGGGAGCAUGCAGGAGGUUACGGUGGAGGUUCGGGAAGUGGUAGCGGUGGUGGGUAUGGAGCCGGUGGGGAUAAUGGUCAUGGGUACGGUGGUGGAGGUGGACAGGGAGGUGGAGGUGGUGGAGGAUCAGGAGGUGGAGGACCAGGAGGUGGUGGCGCAGGUGGAUAUGGAAGUGGCGGUGGAGAAGGUGGCGGUGCAGGAGGAGCAUACGGUGGUGCAUAUGGUAGCGGUGGAGGUGGUGGGGGAGGAGGUGGUGGAGGAGGAGGAGGUGGUGGUGAACAUGGAGGUGGAUACGGUGGUGGUGGUGGAAAUGGGGCUGGUGGUGGUCAUGGGGGCUAUAUUCCAUGA